UUUUAACCGGAAGUGUAUUUUUUUAUAGAAGAAAACGAGAACGGAUGAACUUCGUUGAACUACAAUAUGCCGAGAUUAGCAAUAGAAAGACGAUCAUCAAACAGUAAGACCAAGAUAUCUCAUAGAGACAGUUCAUCUGGUACCUCUGAUUCUGAUUCAGAUAGCUCAUCUUCAAGUGAUUCCUCCAGCAGUUCAUCAAGUAGCAGCUCUGGUUCUCAUAAAAAUAGGUCAAGAACGAACAAGACAGACAAGGCACGAAAAUCAAGCACAGAUUCCAGUUCUUCAGAUGAAUCCCGCGAAAGAUAUUUGAGAACAAAAUCCAGCGUAAAUUUAAAUCAACAACCAAUAAGGAAAUCACAUGAUCAGAAACAAAGAUCUCGUUCUCGUGAUAGAAAAAGGUCAAGAUCUAGAUCAAAUGGCAAAAACAAGCAAAUUUCAAAGUUGAAUGACAGAAAGUCAAGUGGAAAAUUGGUCAGUGAUUCUGGUAAAGAAAAAUCAAAUAAGCCCAGACAAAAUUCCCCAAACAGACGCUCAAAUCGUAGAUCAAGGUCAAAUGACAGAAAUUCCAGACAAAGAUUAGAAGGUGCACAGCGGUCAUAUGCAACCUUGAUGGAUGACAGAUCACCAAACUUUAUUCCACCAAGGUCAAGAUCACCUGAUGAUAGAUUUAGACGAGGUAGAUCUCGGUCCCAUAGUCCAAGAGUAGAUCCAAGAUAUUACAAGAGAAAUGAUCAUGGUGACUAUGAUGACAUAAGACACCCAGAUGAUAGAGAUCAUGUAGAUUUUGUAAGACCUGAUCAUAGAGAUGACUUCAGGGAUUAUGGUAGGGAUGGUCCUAGGGAAUAUGGUAGAGCUGGUUCCAGAGAAUAUAGAAGAGAGGACCCAAGAGAUUUUAAUCGAGAUGAUCCGUGGGAAUUUGGAAGGGAGGGUAGUAGGGGUUUUGACAGAGACAAUUUUAGGGACAGAAGACAUGAUUAUAGAGAAUAUGAUGGGGAUCGAGGGAGUAGAGAUAUUGAGAGACCACAUGGAAAUGAUAUCUCAGGGUCCAAUAAUAUCUGGAGUUCACGUGAAAGAGGUGAACAAAGACAAAAUAGACAUCAAGAAAUGGCAAGAGAUAAAGAGUUUUUGGAAAGAAACAAAUCAAGUUGGACAGAUAAUAAUUCUCCAAGAGAAACUGAGAGAAAAUCUUCCAGUAAUAAAAACAGCAGCAGAUCUCCAGCUCCAGGAUCAGGGAUGAAAUAUUCAAGAGAGCGUGAGACAAUCAGAUUAAAAGAAAAAUCCAGGGAAGAUCAAAGGUUAUCUAAGGAAAAAGGAACAGGUGAUCAGACAGAUAAUAAGUCAUUAACAAAAGACAAGGCUUCAAAAGACAGGAAAGAAGAAAGGAAGAGUUCUGAAACAAGCAGAUCUAGAGAUAAACACAGGGGAAGUAGGUCACCAAGCCAUAAAAAAUCUAGGACAGAAGACAGCUCAAAGGAAAGUGGAAAACCUAGUGAUAGCAGAGACAGCAAAACAAAAAAUACAAAAAGUAGCUCACCUGAAAAUAGGAAGAAUAAAUCGGAAGUUAAUGAAAGUAGGUCAAAGUCGAACCAUGCCAGUGACACUAAAACAAGAUCAGAUGAUAAAAGAAUUGACAGUAAGUCAAAGUCAAAUCAAACCAGAAGUAGGUCACCUGAUAAUAGGAAAAGUAGGUCAUCAGAUGAUAGAAUUAAAGACAGUAAGUCAAGGACAGAUCAGAAAGAAAAUGAAUUUGCUAAGAGAACUGGAAGUAGAAACAAAGAGGAUUUGCAGAAGAAAAAUGAUAACAUUACUGAAAAUCAAGGUUCAAAAUCAAGAAAAAAAAGUUCCUCAUCACCCUCAGAUAGCUCAUCUUCAAGUAGUUCAGAAGAUGAUAGCAGUUCUUCUUCAUCUUCAUCAUCAGAGGAUAGUGAACCAAGAAAGAAAAAGACCAAUAUCAAACAGUCUACAAAAUCUAAGCCAAGACAUGAUAGUUCAAGUGAAAGUGAUGGUUCACCACAAAGAAGAAAAAGAGGCGAAAAGGAAAAAGAAGGGAGAGCAGAAUCAUCAUCAAAAGGAAUCAGGUCUCCAAAUUCGCAAAAAAAGGAGAAACUUGGAGAUAGGAAAAGUGACAGAUCUCUAAAACAGAGGAGAUCAAUUUCUGAUAGUCCACAACGUAAAGAGAGCAGGAAUAGUCCACAACGUAAAGAGAGCAGGAAUAGUCCACAACAUAAAGAGAGCAGGAACAAGGCUUCAAGGAGACAUGAAGCAUCAAGAUCUCAGAGCCCACCAAAGAAAGAGAAAACUGUAAAUAAGAGUCGGGAAAGUUCAUCUAAAAGACAGGAGAGAUCUGAUUCUGAAAGUCCACAAAAGAAGAGUACUACAUCCAGAAAAUCAGAAAAGAUACCAGCUAGACGUCGAGAUCAAAGACAUUCAGCCUCUGCUAGUCCUGUAAGAAAAGAUCACAGAGGGUCUAUAUCUGCUAGUCCUAAUAGAAAAAGAGGGGAUAAGAAAAGGUCUCCAAGUCCAAAUAAAGAUAAACAGAGUGGGAGGAGAUCUGGGUCAGAUAGUCCAGAAAGGGCCAAGACAAAAAGAAGUAAGGAAUCUUCAACCUCAAAUCCAGCACAGAGGAAGGAAAAAGAAGAGAAAAGGGUGACUUCAAAAACUAGAUAUAGGGAUAAAUCAGAAUCCAGAAGUCCACAGCCAAGAAAAUCUAAGACUCCUGCGACGAUGAAAGAUUCAGAAAACAAGCAAGAUGAUAGAAGUGGUAGAAAAAGAGCUGAUUCACAAACUAAACCUGAAAGAAAGGACUCUCAGAGAAGAGGUAGAAGAUCUAAAUCUAGGAGCCCACCUCUCAGUAAAGAAGAUAGAAAACGAUCAAGUUCUGGUAGUCAAACUGAAAGGAAAGACUCACAAAGGAAAAAAACUAGUGCAGAAAAAGACACUCCAAAUUCAUCUCCCAGGAAACCUUCCUCAAACAGUAAAGAGAAAACUGGGGGUAACAAACAAUCACCUGAAAAGUCAAAAUCAAAGAGAUCUAGUCCAGAACAGAAAAGGGCAGCUUCCUCAUCUGAUAGUCCUUCUCCAAAGCCAGUCACCAAAAAUAGAUCAAGGGCAAGGUCUUCUUCUGUUAGCCCUGAAAGGAAGAAAACAAAAGGGUCAAGAUCGUUUUCAGGGAGUCCAUCAGGGACCAAAGCAGAUCAUAGAAAACAUGAUGAAGACAGAAGGUCAAGGUCACCUUCAUCAGACUCAUCACAAUCACAUUCAUCUAAAUCACCCAAAAAAAUAAAAAGUCACUCAACAAGAAGCACUCCUGUCUCUAAUCAUUCCACCCAUAGCUCAUCUUCAAAACAGAGACAAAAAGAUGACUCUAGCAAAACAUUGGAAAGUGUCAAGGAUCUUGAAUCAAGGUCUCGUUCAGCUUCACCUACUGUAAAACAUGCUGAUUCAAAGAAAGAAUCAGAUCAAAAUGAUAGAAGUUUUGAGUCUCAAAAAUCAUCUUCACCCCAAAAGCUGAAUGUGAGUACUAAAUCUGGUGAUAGAAAUAAAAGUCUUACAUCAGGAGUUGAGGAUCAAUCUUUUGGAAAUGAGCCAAGCUUUACAGUUGAAGCAGGGAACCAGUCCUUAGUAUCAGACGGUCCCAACACAUCAAUGGACAGUGUAAAGAGAUUGGAACGUAAACAUGACAUGGCCAAGUUUGAGAGUGAGCCAGAGAGUGGUGAGAUUACUAGCAGUGAUAGUGAAGAUGAGAGACCGCCAGCAAUUAAAAGUAUUAUACAGAUUCAAGGUCAAAACCAAAAAGAGGAGGAUGAGUCUGAUGUAGAUGAUGAUGGUCAGAAUCAGCAGCCAAGGAAACGCAAACACAGUAGUGAAAAUGGGUCAAAUGAUGAAAGGAAGGAGAAGAAGAAGGAAAGAAAAGAAGAUGAAGGUCAAAGGUCAUCAUCAAAACGGAGAAUUGAUGAAAGGCAAGAUUCUAGAGGUGACAACAGGAGACGUAUGAAUGAUGGUAGAAGUAAUCACUACAAUGAUAGAGGUGAUGAUAAUGAUGACAGAGAUAAUAAGAGAAGGAGGAGAGAUCCAGAGAGAAUGAGGGGUGGAUAUGGGGAUAGAAGAAGAAGGCCAGAAAGUGACAGUGAGUCGAGGAAAAGAAAAUCAGAAAAUCUGAACACCAGUAACAAUGCUGAUGACCAGCGUCCUGGUGAUACUGUAGAACCUCCCGCCAAAAAGAAGCCAGCAGACGACAGCUUGAUGUCUUUGACAACGAGGACAGGUGGUGCUUACAUUCCUCCAGCUAGACUAAGGGCAAUGCAGGCAAAAAUUACAGAUAAAACAAGUAUUGAGUACCAGAGAAUAUCUUGGGAAGCCUUGAAGAAAAGUAUAAAUGGUUUAGUGAACAAAGUUAACGUGUCCAAUCUCAUUUUCAUUGUCAGAGAACUGUUCCAGGAAAAUAUUGUCAGGGGAAGGGGGUUAUUAGCCAGAUCUGUGAUACAAGCUCAGUCAGCUUCGCCUACUUUUACUCAUGUGUAUGCAGCAUUAGUGUCAGUCAUUAAUACAAAGUUUCCACAAGUUGGAGAGUUGAUAUUGCGACGAUUAGUGAUACAGUUUAGACGUGGAUUUAAGAGGAAUGACAAAAGUCUUUGUUUAUCCACGACCAGAUUCAUAGCUCACCUAGUCAACCAACAAGUGGCCCAUGAAGUUCUGUCAUUAGAAAUCUUGACCUUGUUAUUGGAGAAUUCUUCUGAUGAUUCUGUAGAAGUAGCUGUGGGGUUCCUGAAGGAAAGUGGACAGAAAUUAACAGAGGUCUCACCAAGGGGAAUUAACGCAAUAUUUGAGAGAUUGAGGAAUGUUUUACAUGAAGGACAGAUUGAUGUCAGGGUGCAGUAUAUGGUAGAAGUUAUGUUUGCAAUCAGAAAAGAUGGAUUUAAGGAUCAUCAGUCAGUUGUUGAGGAACUAGAUCUUGUGGAGGAAGAUGACCAGUUUACUCAUAUGAUGACGUUAGAGGAAGAAGGAACACCAGAAGAAAUGCUGAAUGUAUUCAAGUUUGAUCCUGACUUUGAAUCUAAUGAAGAAAAGUACAAGACUUUAAAGAAAGAAAUAUUAGACGAAGGCAGCUCUGAUGAGGAGGGUGGAAGUGGAUCAGGAUCAGAAUCGGAGAGUGAUGAAAGUGGAGGAGAAACUGAAGAAGCAAAGCAGACUAUUAUAGACAACACAGAAACAAAUCUUGUGGCCUUAAGAAGGACCAUAUACCUCACCAUACAGUCAAGUUUGGACUUCGAAGAAUGUGCUCAUAAGUUGUUAAAGAUGAAAAUGAAACCUGGCCAAGAAAUUGAGCUUUGUAAUAUGAUAUUGGAUUGCUGUGCUCAACAGAGAACUUAUGAAAAGUUUUUUGGUUUAUUAGCUCAGCGAUUCUGUAUGAUUGAUAAGAAGUAUAUUGAACCUUUCCAAGAAAUGUUUAAAGAGCAGUACGAGACCAUACAUCGCCUGGAGACUAACAAGUUGAGGAAUGUUGCCAAGUUCUUUGCACAUUUAUUGCACACAGAUGCAAUAUCUUGGGGAGUCAUUACCUGUAUCAGGUUAAAUGAAGACGACACCUCCUCAGCAAGCCGUAUUUUUAUCAAGAUUAUGUUUCAAGAGUUAUCUGAGUUCAUGGGACUGCCAAAGUUAAAUGAGAGACUCAAGGAUCCGACAUUACAAGGUUUCUUUGAAGGCAUCCUACCAAGAGAUAAUCCAAAGAAUACAAGAUUUGCUAUAAAUUUCUUCACAACAAUUGGUUUAGGUGGACUGACGGAUGAUUUACGAGAAUGUUUGAAAAAUGUCCAGAAACCAGUCGUUGAACAAGAAGCUGCAGAGGAGUCUGACAGUUCAUCUUCAUCAUCGUCCUCAUCAUCUUCUUCAUCAGAUGAUUCAUCUUCAUCAGACAGCAGUUCUGAUUCUGAUUCUAGUUCAGGAAGUUCGUCAGAUGAACAAUCCAAGAAAAAGAAGAUCUCAGCAAAACAUCGGAAAAAGGUUGGGGAUAAAAGAAGAGGGAGCAAAACUAAUGGGGAUAUUGAAGAACAACAUACAGAUAAAAGAUCAUCAGAAAAAAGUAGAAGACGUGGAAAAGAAAAUAAAGAUGAUUAUCGUAAAAGUGAUAAAGAAAGGGACGAUAAAAUGGAUUAUAGUGAUCCAUGGUCGAGGCAAAAAACUAACAGUGAAAACAAUGUUAUCAAAUCAAAGAAAGGUAACUCUCAUAAAAGUAAGAGAAGUGAAAAUUCGCCUGAAAAGAGGAAAAAGGAAAAACAUCAUGACAGUGAAAGGAGGGACAGUAAACGUGACCAACGACAGGAAAGACAUCGAAAGAGAAGCCUCUCACCAGAGAAUGUUAGAAAACGAUGAAAAUAAAUUUGAUUUAUUUAUAAAUAUGAUUUAUGCCUAUGAAUUUAUUGAGGGGGUGUCUGGGUUUGUUGAGAGAUCACUGUUCAUAGUGCUAUUAAAUUAUCUCAUUAUUGUC